GGUCGCAUUGUAGCGGUGCUUGGCAUCGCUAGUCGGACCGGUGUAACAGAGCAGCGGUAGCAGCAGGGUUCUCCCCUCUGUGUCUGCUCUUAUACGCACACACCGCGCCUGCCUGAGUCAGGAAUGGAUAACGGCUGCCUUCAAACAUGGCACUGCGACACUAUACCCUCGACUUCAGCCUCUCGUCGGCAGUUGACUCUGCAUCAACAGUCCCCAGCCUGCUGUCCAUAUUUCAUGAACAGGAAAUGACAGAGAUCGUACAUGACACAGACGGGCGCGGAUACCUUGCCACCUUUGUCGGAAAGAAUGGCAGGCUUGUGAUUCUGCGUGUGCACGCCCACGGGUUGCUCACUAUCGACCUGCAAUGUUAUGACGGCGACAACAUUGCUCAGCUAGACAAUCUUUUAAACACACUGGAGAUGAAACUGAAAGUUCUGUUAAAUGGCAAGAUUACCCGCAUUAAAAGGCUGCCGCCUCUCAUCCGAGGAGCCAAAGUGGACAGAUAUUGGCCCACCACUGACGGAAGACUGACCGAGUACGACAUAGACCGUGUGUUAUACGACGAAGACUCUGCUUACCAAAAUAUCAAAAUAUUGCACUCGCAGCAGUUUGGGAACAUCCUGGUCCUUAAUGGAGAUGUCAACCUGGCAGACAGUGACUUGCCCUACACUGAAGCCAUCAUGGGCGGCGGCAAGGAGGACUACACUGGCAAGGAGGUGCUGAUUUUAGGGGGAGGUGAUGGAGGCAUCCUGGCUCAGGCUGUCAAACAAAAGCCAAAGAUGAUCACCAUGGUGGAGAUCGAUCAGAAGGUGAUUGACGGGUGCAAAAUGUACAUGAGGAAGACCUGCGGCAAUGUGUUGGAUAACCUGAAGGGAGACUGUUACCAAAUUCUAGUGGAGGACUGUGUCCCUGUGCUCAAGAAGUACGUCCAGGAGGGAAGAACCUUCGACUACAUCAUUAACGACCUCACCGCAGUCCCAAUAUCAACAGAACCAGAAGAAGAUUCCACGUGGGAGUUCCUGCGUCUCAUUUUGGAUCUGUCAAUAAAGGUCCUGCAUCCUAAGGGGAAAUAUUUCACACAGGGCAACAGUGCAAACCUGACAGAAGCACUGAGUCUGUACGAGGAGCAGCUGGGAAGACUGUCGUGUCCCGUGGACUUCUCCAAAAAAGUGGUUUGUGUUCCCUCCUACAUGGAGUUGUGGGUUUUCUACACGGUGUGGAAGAAGUGAAUUCUCUCACCAAAGGUUUUUUUUUUCCCUUUUCUCCGGCUGCUGGAAUGUGAACAGGCCUUCUUUUCUGCUGUAGCCCUCAAGGUGUGUUCAGACUGAACUCGACACUCUGCAACAGAAAUCCUGUAAAGAUCUACCAUGACACAAAACGCCAAGUCCUGUCAUGAAAGAGUCCAACACGCGCAAUGAUUACGGUCAGUCACCUUCAAAUUAGCAUGUGGUGUCGGAACACUCCAGUGAUACGUUAACUCUGAACACAUCAGGAGGCACAUUUUUAUUCUUCCCUCUGUCUUUUAGUUGUGUAUUUAUCAUUUGCGUUUGUUGAAGACCCGUCAACAUUAUUAGGCAUGCACUCUUUUUCAACUGUGAGCUGAUACACCGAUAGUGUGAUGUUACUGAUAGAAGCCCUUUGGGAUUUAAGUUGGCGCUCACCGAUUCACGGUCUGACUACGGAAUUCUUUAGCUAUUUUUGUUGCAGCUACUGUGAUUUAGAUUCUUUCCAGCUGGGCAUCCACAUGUCCAAAAGAUGUUUUAAAAGGGAAAUGAUUCCACUACUUUAAUUCCAACCUUGUGCUAUUUUAUGUGAUGUUUUAUUAUUAGUAACAUUUUCUACCACUCACACAUUGGAAGGACACUGAAUGUAGCUUGCGUAGCACGUUUACAAGCAACCCUGUGGGACUCACAUUUAUUUAUUCCCCUUUUAAGUUCCUUGAAAUGACAUUGUCCCACACUUUUUAUUUUGUGACCUUUAGCAAUUAAAGUGGUUUUGGCCAAUGGACUUUUUUUUUCCUAGGGAGAGAGUUGGUUCAAAAGUAAUGAAGGAAACUGUUGUAUGUUAAGGAAGCUUCUAGGAUUUCAAAGUAGCAUCCAAUAAUGUGAAAACAGUCAUGAAUCAUAUUUUACACAGGCUUCUACAUGAAAUGCUUACAUUAGUCUUCAUAUUGCAAUUAAAGUGGCAGUCCAUUUACUGCAUGUGUUUAUUGACCUGUAAGAUGGUAUUCAAAGUGGUGCAUGUGCAAAGGUGGCACCAAGCUUCAGUCAUGUUUGCUUAAACAAGUCAAGAUAAAUUAUUAAAUGGUAAUUGAUGCAACUCACUUUGUUUAAAGUACAAAACCAAAUUUGCGUCAUGCACGAGUCAUAACAGGUCAAUAUUACAGGGGCUGCACUCAUUACUUCUACUCACCAUUUAGUCAGAUUCACAUUCAAUAGCUCACCAUACACGCAGAUGAAAGUUCAUAGUCUGUUUGUGGUUACUACUACUGAGAAUAAAACCAAUUAUGAAAAUGCAACAUUUUUGGUGUCAACAAACUGAAGGAAUAAGCAGAACAUCCAUGAGUGGGGGGAUGGUGUUGCAACAAUUAUUCAUGUAGACAACUGUAUGAAAAAUAAGUGCAAUGUGGUCUUAAAAAAUAAAGUUGCCAUCAAUAUGAAUAUUUGUAUCCUGUUUAGUUAUUCCAAUUGGUUUCUGUUGAGGAUGACAUCCGCCCUGUGUUCUUCAUCAGCUGUAAUGAUUCUGUCAUCCAAUG